AUGGAGACAUUAACUGAUGAUAUUUUGAAAGAAAUAUUUUCAAAUUCAUAUUACUACAAAUUAUAUGAUAAAUUCAAUGAAAAAGUGGAAGGAAAUACGUUAACAACUGAAUAUUGUACUAAGAUAACUGAGCCUAAAGAUGGUAAUAAUGGAUUAUAUGAUUUGUGCGUUAAGGUUGAAAAACAAUUAACUGAAUUGAAAGAUAGUUUAUCAUAUAAGGAUCAAUGCUUACAUUUUCUUUACUGGAUAUACUACAGAGUGUGGUUAUUAUCUAGGGACAAUUCAUAUGAUCACGCAGUUAUUUUUGAACAUCUUAAUAAUAUAAAGGAGUGUUUAAAUAAAAAAAAAAAAACUAUUUAUAAUUGUCCAUACUAUAGCUGUAAUAAAGAUAUUUUGACUGAAUGGGUUGAAGAAAAAUUUUUGUAUGAUUACUUUACGAAUUUUGAUACUAUUACUAAAAAUUAUUGUUCCGAUACGAGUAAAAGAAAUAAUUUCAAAAAAUAUAUUAAUUCCAUAAGCAGUAUAUAUUUAAAACAUAAAAGUUAUUGCUGUCCUUUCAAGUCUUACAGAUGUUUAAAAUAUUUUUCAUGUGAUGAAAAGCAUAACCCUGCCAAUUUCUUUACAACCGUAACAUGUGAUAGUAAUAAAUUACCCGUUAUAAAGAAUGAUGAAAAAUAUGAUUGGAUUCAUAAAGGGGAGCAUAAAUAUUUUCGGUGUACAGAAAUAAAAACGAAAGAUGGUACUGUAUUUAAUUCAUGUUCUAUAUUUGAACCAAAAACUAACGAAUCUACCACCCCCACUUUUAAUGAAACUAAUGGAAAAAAUCAAGGAGCCACACCAUCUUCUCUGAGUGACACCGUGAAGGAAAAAACUCAUGGUUCAAACAGUGCAAAAGGGAAGGGAUCUCAAGGCGAAGUUAAUUCUGAAAGUUCACAAUCAGGAAAUGUCACAUUACCACAAGAUACAAGAGAAUUAAAUCGAAAUGAAACAAAAUGCGAGAAAUAUUUAGUAAAAGAUGCGUCAGGGAACUGCGCAGAACCAAAUGUACGUGAAACUGGAACUAUUGGAUUUAUGAUGCCUACUGCAGAUAAAGAAAUGUUUAUGAGUAUAUUAUCUGGCAAUUACUAUGAUUUUCCUUUUUUUCCGGGUGCCAAUAACAAAUUUACACGGAUAGGCGUCUCAUUCCUUCUAAUAUUGGGAAUAUUAUUAGUUUUGUUUAUUUAUUAUAAGUUUACACCUUUUGGAUCAGUGAUACAUAGAAGAAUGUUAAAGAAAAAGGAAGUUAAGAUAAAUAACAGAGGUUACCCUAAAGGUCAUGCUAUGAGUAAUGUUAAACCUAGAGUUCAUAAAAAAGCAACAUCCCGUACACCAAAAAAUAUGAAUACAAAUAAGCAGGGAGCACGAACACGCAUAGCUUAUAAUCCCACAUAA